AAAAUGGGUGCUGGCGUGUCGACGGAGGGCGCACCACUGUCCGAGGUAGCCAUCAAGAAUGAAAUCGGCGUGCUGUACGACGCGGAGAAGAAGAAAGCCUUUGAUGCCGCCGCGACCGAGGGCCCCGAUGGGACGCGCGUGGCUGCCUGGCCUACCAUCGAGGCCCACGCCAAGGAGCACGACGAACGCGCGCUCGACCCGCGGAAAUGCAUGUUUCACAACCUGAAGGCCUUCAAAGCAGCGCGUGAACAAAUCGACGAGAUCGCGCGCGUGCACAUCAAGGGUGAUGUGAAGAAGAUCCCCUGGGUGGGCAAGAAUUUAGGAGACGAGUGUCGGCAGUGCGGCCUCGACGGCAAGCCGGCCGCGUCGCUCGACGCGCUGUACGAGGUCGCCGUGCUGGCGAGGGUGCAGUUCGAGGAAAUUAUGACGGCCGCGUGCCCUGAAAGCGGUGUAAAGCUGAUGUUCGCGCCGCUGAAAGGACGCGACCGCGCCGGCGCUAAGGCGCGCGACGAGUACGCGGACAAGACCGCGCCGUGCUACUCGUGGCUCUUCGACAUUACGCGCGGGGCGGCCCUCUGUCAAACGGAGGACGCCCUCGUCAGUUUGUACAAGGCGCUGGAGGCCGACGACCGCGUGGAUAUCGUGCGGACGAAGAACCGGUUCGCGCCGCCGCUCUUCAACGGCUAUCAGGAUAUUUUGAUGAACGUCGCCGUGAAAGUCGAGAACGUGUCGCACAUGUGCGAGCUGCAAAUUCACCUCAUGCCGAUCAAAGAGUCGGAAGCGCUGCACCAGAGCCACACGGUCUACGAGUAUUUCCGGUCGUUUUUCUUGGGAAAUUCAGACGCCGUCGCGCAGCGGCUCGAGAUGCUGUGCAAGCUUCCAGUUGACGAGGCGAACGAUGUGGAGGAGUUGGUGGACCACGUGCUCGGGUCCGACGCGGACGCGAGUUUGCUCGAGGGGCUCUGCGAUCUGCUCGAGUCGAUACAGGAAUCUGCGGGCGUCGUGAAGGUCCGGGAGGCUAUCCUAGCGGAGAGGGAGCGCGCGUUUGGUGCGGAGAGCAAGGAGACGGGCGUGGCGCUGGGGAACCUCGGGAACGCGUACGCCGACCUAGGCGACCACGCCAAGGCACGAGACAUACAGGAACGCGCGCUCGCGAUCAAGGAGCGGGCGUACGGCCGCGACCACGUGCAGGUGGCCACCACGCUGACGAACCUCGGGAGCGCGUACGGCGACUUGGGCGACCACGCGAAGGAGCGAGACGUGCUGGAGCGCGCGCUCGCGAUCAAGGAGCGGGCGUACGGCCGCGACCACGUGCAGGUGGCCACCACGCUGACGAACCUCGGGAGCGCGUACAACUCUCUCGGCGAACCUGCCAAGGCACGAGCCAUUUAUGAGCGCGCGCUCGCGAUCGAGGAGCAGGCGUACGGCCGCGACCACCCGAGCGUGGCCCCCACGCUGACGAACCUCGGGUGCGCGUACGGCGACUUAGGCGACCACGCGAAGAAGCGAGACAUGCUGGAGCGCGCGCUCGCGAUCAAGGAGCGGGCGUACGGCCGCGACCACGCGAGCGUGGCCCUCACGCUGUCGAACCUCGGGUGCGCGUACGGCGACUUAGGCGACCACGCGAAGAAGCGCGACAUGCUGGAGCGCGCGCUCGCGAUCGACGAGCGGACCUACGGCCGCGACCACGUGAAUGUAGCCGGCACGCUGGGGAACCUCGGGAACGCGUACGGCGCCUUAGGCGACAACGCGAAGAAACGAGACAUGCUGGAGCGCGCGCUCGCGAUCAAGGAGCGGGCGUACGGCCGCGACCACGCGCAAGUGGCCAUCACGCUGAACAACCUCGGGCUCGCGUACGGCGACUUAGGCGACCACGCGAAGAGUAGAGACGUGCUGGAGCGCGCGCUCGCGAUCAAGGAGCGGGCGCACGGCCGCGACCACCCGAAAGUGGCCGGCACGCUGAAUAACCUCGGGAACGCGUACGGCGCCUUAGGCGACCAGGCGAAGAAACGAGACAUGCUGGAGCGUGCGCUCGCGAUCAAGGAGCGGGCGUACGGCCGCGACCACGCGCAAGUGGCCGCCACGCUGGAUAACCUCGGGAACGCGUACGGCAGGUUAGGCGACUACGCGAAGCAGCGCGACGUGCUGGAGCGCGCGCUCGCGAUCAAGGAGCGGGCGUACGGCCGCGACCAUCCGGAAGUGGCUAUCACGCUGGGGAACCUCGGGAACGCGUACGGCGCCUUGGGCGACUACGCGAAGAAGCGAGACAUGCUGGAGCGCGCGCUCGCGAUCGAGGAGCGGGCGUACGGCCGCGACCAUCCGGAAGUGGCCAGCACGCUGACGAACCUCGGGGACGCAUACAGUAAAUUAGGCGACCACGCAAAGGCGCGAGAGGUGCUGGAGCGCGCGCUUUCGAUCAAGGAGCGCAAGUACGGCCGCGACCACGCGCAAGUGGCCAGCACGCUGAAUAACCUCGGGAACGCGUACGGCGACUUGGGCGACCACGCGAACAAGCGAGACGUGCUGGAGCGCGCGCUCGCGAUCAAGGAGCGCAAGUACGGCCGCGACCACGCGCAAGUGGCCAGCACGCUGAAUAACCUCGGGAACGCGUACGGCGACUUGGGCGACCACGCGAAGAAGCGAGACGUGCUGGAGCGCGCGCUCGCGAUCAAGGAGCGCAAGUACGGCCGCGACCACGCGCAAGUGGCCAGCACGCUGAAUAACCUCGGGAACGCGUACGGCGACUUGGGCGACCACGCGAAGAAGCGAGACGUGCUGGAGCGCGCGCUCGCGAUCAAGGAGCGCAAGUACGGCCGCGACCACGCGCAAGUGGCCAGCACGCUGACGAACCUC